AUGCUCUACUCGGACCCUCCGCCGCUCCGGCCCUUUAGCGAGGCCAAGCCGACCUUGCUGGUAUCGUGGUGGAUUACGCUCUUUUGCACCUGCAUCAUCCUGCUGCGCCUGGCCGGUCGCUAUAUCCGCGUCGAGAAGCUGUUCCGCGAGGACCGCAUCGCUGCCCUGGUCCUCGUCCCGCUCUUCCUGCGCAUCGCCUGCACCCACGUUGUGUUGCUCUGGGGCACCAACAAUGUCGAUCUCAGUGAUGUUGCCCUCUCCGAGACGGACAUCUCGCGUCGAGCAACGGCAAGUCGAGUCGUGCUUGUGGGAAGGAUAUUCUACGCUGCUACACUUUGGACCCUCAAGCUCACCACGCUCGAAUUCCUCAACCGCCUCGCCGGAGCUUCGAUGAAAAAAGUCUACCUCGGCCUGACUACGUUCCUCCGAUACGCCCUCGGCGUCUCCUUCAUCGCCGUGCUCGUGGCCGACCUCGCCGAGUGCCAGCCAAUAACCCGCUACGGGCAGGUGACGCCGGACCCGGGCGGGCGGUGCCGGCAGGGCUUCGCGCAGCUCAUCGCCAUGGGCGCCGCGGGCGCAGCCAUCGACGUAGUCCUCAUCGUCUUCCCGGUACCCAUCAUCCUGUCGACGCGCAUCCCGACCAAGCGCAAGGUACUACUAGUACUGCUCUUCGCCUUUGGCUUCCUGACGGUCGGCGUAACGCUGUACCGCGUGCCGCGCAUCAUCCGCGAGCGCGGCGACCAGACGCUCCGGUCCAUGUGGGCGUCGAUCGAGAUCCUAGCGGCCACUGUGGUCGCCAACAUCGUCGCGCUCGGCUCGUUCCUGCGCGACAGCGGCGCCAAGAAGAACAAGUUUCGGCUGGGCUAUCACAGCAGCGCAACGACGUCGCGCGGUGGCCAUGGCGGCGGUGGUGGCGGUGUCACGACGGGCGCGACCUGGGAGGAUCUGGAGCAGGGAAAGGGGCAUAAUCAGCAGCAGCAGCAACAGAAGCAGUCAAAAGGAACGGAGAGCGAUGAGUGGCUCAACGAACUCGAUCCUCGGCCGCGGAGGGAAUCCAUCCGCAAAAUUAACCGGCACUCGUCACAAUCGUCUGGGAAUAAUAUCCGGGGACCCAGCCCCACGGCGAGCCACGACUCUCUCAUCAGGCAAGAGAGAUCAUAUUCCCGGGGCACUAUAGUAGCGGGAGAUGUGCCUAGGAAGCCUCCGACAGCAGUGGUUGCUGGCGGCUUCUAA